AUAACCAUCUCAAAUCUUUAAUCGUUACUUAACUUUCUAACCCAUCAAAAACCCAUGAAAAGUUUAUGAACAGAUUCUCUCACAUUCCAUUGCGUUUCUUCUAUCUCUCUCUCUUUCACUUCCCAAAACGAUGAUCACCAUCACUACUCUUCUCUUCUUGUUUCUUCCUUUACUUGUUCUUUCUUGUUUUCUCCAAGUUUCUUCCAAUGGAGACGCUGAGAUAUUGAGUCGGGUCAAAAGGAGCCGGCUUUCUGACCCGGAUGGCAAGUUAAAUGAUUGGGUCAUAACCGGAGAUAAACGGAGUCCGUGUAACUGGACGGGAAUCACAUGCGACGUCACUAACGGGAAUUCCAUCGCCGUCACUGCCAUAGAUCUCUCCGGUGAUGGAAUCUCCGGUGGAUUUCCUUACGGCUUCUGUCGUAUCCGUACGCUCAUCAAUAUCACUCUUUCCCGAAACAAUCUCAACGGUACGAUCAAUCCUGCAUCUCUAUCCCUCUGUUCUCAAGUCCACGUUUUGAUCCUCAAUGUAAACAACUUCUCUGGGAAGUUACCGGAAUUCUCGCCGGAGUUUCGUAAUUUACGCGUCCUCGAAUUGGAAUCUGAUCUGUUUUCCGGCGAGAUUCCUGAGAGAUACGGGAGAUUCACUGCUUUGCAAAUUCUAAACCUUAAUGGCAACCCGCUCAGUGGAACCGUUCCGGCGUUUUUGGGUAACCUGACUGAGCUGACUCGUCUUGAACUCGCUUACAUCGGAUUCGAGCCUGGUCAGAUUCCGACAACAUUUGGAAAUUUGACGAAGCUGACUUACCUUCGGCUAACUCACUCGAAUCUCGUCGGUGAAAUUCCAGAUUCGAUCGGGAACCUGGUUUCGCUAGGGAACCUCGAUUUAGCUAUGAAUGGUCUCACCGGAGAAAUACCUGAUAUUAUCGGGAGACUCAAAUAGAUUUAUCAGAUUGAGCUUUUCGAUAAUCAGUUGUCUGGGAAAUUGCCGGAGAGUAUUGGAAAUCUAACCAACAUGAGAGAUUUUGAUGUCUCGCAGAACAAUCUCACCGGUGAAUUGCCAGAAAAAAUCGCUGCUUUGCAACUCGUCUCUUUCAAUCUCAACGACAAUUUCUUCACUGGAGAAAUACCAGACAUCGUAGCUCUGAAUCCUAAUCUCGUCGAAUUCAAAAUAUUCAACAACAGCUUCACGGGGACGUUAUCUAGGAACUUCGGAAAAUUCUCCUGAGUUUCUGAAUUCGACGUCUCGAUGACCAAAUUCUUCGGUGAAUUGCCACCGUCUCUCUGCCACAGAAAAAACCUUAAAUGGAUGAUAAGUUUCAGCAAUCAAUUGAGCGGCAAAAUUCUAGAUUCUUACGGUGAUUGCCAUACGCUUAAUUACAUCAGAACGGCAGAUAACAAACUCUCCGGCAAAGUUCCAACUGGGUUUUGGGAACUCCCUCUUACUCGUCUCGAGCUACCUAAUAAUGAGCUAGAAGGUUCGAUUCUGCCAUCGAUAUCCAAUGCUCGUCAUCUAUCUCAACUCGAAAUCUGCGGUAACAACUUCUCCGGUGUGAUUCUCGCCAAAAUCUGUGAUCUCGGAGACUUGAGGGUAAUUGUUCUUAGCCGCAACCGUUUCUCAGGAUCUCUUCCAUCUUGCAUUAACCGAUUGAAGAACCUGGAAAGAGUGGAGAUGCAGGAUAACAUGCUCGACGGCGAGAUUCCGAGUUCAGUGAGUUUGUGCGUCGAGUUAACGGAGUUGAAUCUCUCGAGUAACCGUUUCCGCGGCGGUAUACCACGAGAACUCGGUGACUUACCGGUUUUAAACUAUCUAGAUCUCUCCAACAACGAACUCACCGGUGAGAUUCCGUCGGAGCUGUUGAAGUUGAAGCUAAACCAAUUCAACGUCUCCGAUAACAAACUGUACGGCAAGAUCCCUUCUGGAUUUCAGCAAGAUAUUUUCCUACAGUUUUUGGGUAACCCAAAUCUUUGUGGCCCGAAUUUGGAUCUGGUUUAAGGUUUAGGGUUUAGGGUUUAAGGUUUAAGGUUUAAGGUUUAGGGAUCUGGUUCGAUCUUGCCGGUCCAAACCCAAUACUCGGUAUUAUUUAUUAUCUCCGUCAUUGGCAUAGUUGCACUCACCGGAGCUUUAGUUUGGCUGUUUAUCAAAAACCAAACCGUUAUUUUGGAGAAAACCGAACCAGACCAACAGAGUAACCAUUUUCCAGCGGAUCGGGUUCACCGAGGUAGACAUAUACCCGCAAUUAAUAGAAGAUAACAUAAUCGGGUCGGGCGGGUCGGGUCUGGUUUACAGAGUAAAACUCAAAUCAGGUCAAACACUCGCGGUGAAGAAACUCUGGGGAGGUCUUGGUCAAAAACCUGAAUCUGAAUCUGAAUCAGUUUUCAAAUCUGAAGUAGAGACUUUGGGUCCAGAGCCGUGCUUACCAUGUAGUGAAAAAGGCUUUUGUUUCAAGCCCCCAAAAUAUAUUAAUAUUUCAGAGCCCUCAUUUUCUUAAGAGGUGGUUAAGUGGUUUAUGGUUGGCAUGAAAUCUUUUUUUACAUAAGAUGUUUUCUUAUUUUUGUUUAUAAA